UUUUUUUUGCUACCUCGUGGACUGAGAAGAAAAAAUUUUUCGUCGACCCACCCACAAAGAGCAAGAUCGUAGAACCUUUGCAUCGAAAACAACAGAUCCUAUGAACGAACAUUUUUCCAAAUUAUGCCUGAACUUGAAAUAGGACACAGAGAAAACUCUGAUAGCGAAGUUGGAAGGAAAAAAGCCCGGAUCACGGCCUGGCCACCGACGACAACAACCCCAUGUUCUCGUACUCUCGAACUACAAGGCGUAAUCGAAGUCUUAAAAGAAUAUGAUUCUAUAGCCGGCACCGAUAUAAACUGCUGUAUCUGUGGUAAACUAUAUAAAAGCAAAGUGUGCUUUACUAAACAUCUGUGGGAACAUAGUGUGUAUUGGGACACAUUUGAUGGAGUGAAAAACCAAGAAAGGGUUCUCUCCAUCCAAGCGGCCAUCAUUCUUUCUCAGCCUUACCUCGAGUUUUUAUUGGUUACGUCGCCUUCGAAUAGCGACAAGAGAAAGGAAGAAAUGAAACCACAAGGCCCGCGGAAACUACCAAGGAAGCGAAGUCGAGGAUCAGAAAGUUCGGUAGAGUUAUAAUAUGUUUAUGUAACUAUAUAGCAUUAUUUCUGUAGCAAAAUAUGAAGUUAAAAUUGUGAAUAACAGUAAGUUUUUAUUGCACAAACGUUGUGUAUAUUACACUUCCCAAAGUAUGUCGCUUGACAAGACGAAUAAUUUUACGAGAAAAAAAAUUGAGAUUGUAAAGCAUAUCGUUUGGUUAUCUUUAUUUUCUUCGGUAUAGAAGACAUUACAUGAAGGCUUGUAAAAUAGUUGAACAUAUAUAUUGUAUAGUUGUUUGUAUGUUGUUUUUUUCAAGCCCGGUACAGGGCUUUUUGAGAUAAAAUUUUACACAAGAGUACAAUAAACAAAGGGUAUAAACCGA